CCAAAUCAGUAGAAUUGUACAAACUGCAAUUGAUAUGAUGGAAAACUCCUUAUUGAAGAUAGACAAAAGAGCAAUUUUCUACAAGAUUUUUUGUCCCUCAAUCACUAAUGAACUGAGAAUCCCAGCCCAUUUUCUUAGGCAUAUAUCAGAAGAAUCACCUGAUAAAGCCACCCUUAAGUGUCUUUCUGGAGGCACUUGGAAUGUGAAACUACAGUGUGAUGAAGAUGGUUUGCUUAUACACAAGGGUUGGAAGAAAUUUCAGAAAAAUAAUCAACUAGAAAAUGGGGAAUAUCUCGUGUUUAGGUACGAUGGCGCUCUGCAAUUCACAAUAAGAAUUUUCAGCAAGAAUGGACUGGAGAGACAAAUGAAGUCAACAAACAUGGUUAAAAAUAAACAAGCUUCAAUAGAUGGAGGCAGCAAGCGUAAAAGGCCAGAAAAAUUCCCUAAACAGACUUGUGCUAACGGUGAAAAUGACACAGAACAUGAAACUCCAAGAAAAAGAGCUGCACUUGAGAAAGAAGAGGACCUUCUCACUCCAAAUAUUCCUCAAUUUGUGAAAUGUUUGAAAGGCUACAAUGUGAAAAAGUCUUGUUUCUUGUAUGUUCCAAGAUACUUCUGUGAACAACUUUCGACAUCAGAAAAUAAGACAACAGCAGUCCUCCGUAAUUCAGAAGGAAAAGGGUGGAAAGUGAAUUGUAUAACACAAAAAGGAUAUCAUGCUUUCUGUGGAGGAUGGAAACAGUUUGUGAGUGAUAACAAGCUUAAGGAAGGACAGGUCUGUGCUUUUCAGCUUGUCAAUGCAAAUGAAGUAAAGGUUUCUGUUUUCAACGAUCCUUCGGAAUCUCUGUUGAAACUUGCUGCACAAAGAUGAUAAAUCUUAGUUUUGAACUGCUACAAUUUGAUGUCAUUAUGUUGGAAUCUGAACUCUGUAGCUGCUUAACAUGAACA